AUGGAGCCUUGGUUAAAAAUUUCAGUUUUGUUAAGUGUUUUCGGUUUCAUAAAAGAAAUCCGUCCAUCGGAACCGUUUAUAUCAAAUUACAUUCUCGGUGAAUGGAGAAAUAUUACAGAAGAACAAUUGUCUCAGGAUGUGUAUCCAGUAGGAACCUAUUCCUACUUGGCACAAUUGGUUUUGGUGUUUUUGAUAACCGAUUUCUUUAGAUAUAAACCUCUGAUUGUGGUUUGUGGUAUAUCUGGUAUAAUUGUUUGGAGCAUGUUGCUAUGGACGACAAGUUUGGUAGAUUUGCAGGUUCUGGAAUUUUUUUAUGGUACCUACAUGUCUACAGAAGUUGCUUAUUAUACGUUUAUUUAUGCAAAAGUUGAUAAGGAGCAUUAUCAAAAAGUUACGUCCCAUACAAGGGCUGCUACUCUGGUAGGCAGAUUUAUUGCUGGGUCGUCUGCUCAAAUUUUGGUGUACACCAAAUUGAUGGAUUAUAGAGACUUGAAUUAUAUAUCUAUUGUGGCACAAAUUUUGGCUACGAUUUGGGCUUUAUUUUUGCCUUCGGUCAGCAAAAGUUUGUACUUCCAUCGAGACGCAACUCACCAAAAAUCUAAUAAGUAUGCAAGGGCUUUCAAAAUCCUUUGGCACCAUUUCCUAUCAGCCUACACCAAUUGGCAUGUAAUUCAAUGGAGUUUGUGGUACUCCUUAGCAAUGUGUGGGUUCAUACAAGUUCAGUCCUACAUCCAAAUCCUUUGGGCCCUUAUAGAACCCGAUGCAGAAAAUUCAGGGCUUUGGAAUGGUGCCAUAGAGGCAGCCUUGACCCUUCUAGGAGCAGGUGCAGCCCUUUUGGCAGGAUACCUAAAAUCCUACAAAGGAGGACUAUUAACUUUAACAAUUUGCUCGUUCCUGGAAGGUGGUGCAAUUUUGACAUCAGCCCAGACUGAUUCCUUAUGGUUGUCAUAUGCUGGUUAUAUUAUUUUUGGUGCCUUGUACAUGUUUAUGAUAACAAUUGCAAGUGCUGAAAUUGCUAAAUAUUUGGAUGAAGAUAGUUUUGGGUUGAUUUUUGGGAUUAAUACGAUGUAUGCUCUGGCCUUUCAAACAAUUUUGACUGUUGUGGUUAUCUCGAAAGACGGAUUUGAAUUGCAAACAAGGGAUCAGUUUAUUGUUUAUGGCUAUUAUUUUAUUGCUUUAGGAGCUUUAUACUUUGUUGCAACUAUUGUUAUUUAUUUUAUUAGGCCGAAGAAUAAAGCUCAGAUUAGUUGA